CUAGGCGGAGUGAAAUUAAAGAUAGGCAUGAUAUCUGCCUUUGCCUAGCAUACUGGCCUUGUAUGGCUGUUUUCUGUCAGCACACAGAUAAUAUUCUUGCCCUUUAAAUGCUACUUAAGGAGUAAAAAGCCUGCGGCGGCUUGUCAGAUCUCGUCUGCUUUUACUUCAUAGUGGAUUUACAGUCUUUUUAGUGUCCUGUUGUCCUUUAAUGUGAGAGGAAGCUAACUGAAGGUUGUAGUAUGGCCUGAAAAUUUGACCUAGCAGGACAACACGUCUGUGGGCUGCUUGCUAUUAACGCCAGAGAGGGAAAGACACAGCUGGAGAUACAAGCGGCUUUUUAUACCGGAAGAGAAUCCUGAGGUCGUCAUGGGGAGCAAAGUCAGCUCCAAAAUGGCAGCUCCCACCGCCCGAGUUAUUCAGGCUGUACGGCCUCAUGCACCUCUGAUAAAGUUCCCCAGCAGACAAGGCAUCCCGAGGCCCAACGUCGAAGAGGCGUUGAAAACAUUAGGAGUUCUUCCACAACACAACGCUCCUGGUCCCUCUCCAGCUGCAGCGUCGGCUCUGAUAUCAAGACCUCAUGUACCUUUGACUCCCAUCCCUGGCACACCAGACUCUCUGGCCUCUAUUCAGCAACUCCCUGCCAGGUACCGCAGGAGACCGUUGACGGCGGAUGAAAUGGACUACAUCCAGCGUGGCGGACCAGAGUGACAUGAAGCAACUCAAUCACUGCAACCAAAGUCCUUAUCUGUUGGAGAUCAGUAUGUGUCUUUAAGUCUGUCCUCAGCACAAGAGAACCCAAUGCCAUGAGACAUGUAGAAUAAAGUAUACCAUGAAUCCUGUUUAAAAUGUACAUAUGUUUAUUCUAAGAUGUUAAUUUUUAAGUUUUGAGUUCAUGCUAGGGGACGUCUUCGUUGUAAUCCGCACCGCGAAGCCCAAACAGCAGCUUCUUCUUUUAUUUACAGUCCUGCAUUGCACAUAGUCCUGACAGCUUCUUGUUUUUGAUAAAUCUUAACAUUUUACCAGCUCAGCUCACCAUUUUUCAGACUUGUUCAAGCUGCAGUAUAGGGCUGAACGAUUUGGGGAAAGUAUUUAAUUGCAAUUCACCAUUUCUGAGAGUCAAGCCUCAUUUCAGUACUCGCUACAGAUUAAAACGGGAGAAUUUAUUUACUCAAUGGCUCGACAGUUUACAAACCGACUUAGACGUGCUGCUCACCUUCUAUCCUAAGUUGCAGCCCUUUUUGCAAUUUCGAUUUGAAACUGAGCAGCUGUUCAGCCCGACUGCAGCACCACUACACCCAAAUCCAAACAGGAUUCUCUGGCAGAUACACAAACAAUUUUCCAUUUCUUUCACUGCAGUAAACUGAUCUGUUUCUUGGAGCUAAACAGACUGUAGAGAUGGAGGAUAUCAAGUUGCAACCGUACUGCAUGAAAUGGUGUUGCGUUCAUGUGAACCGCUGGAUUUAAAUGAUUAAAAGAUUGUGUUUUGA